UAGUAACAGUCAUCUGCAGGGACUGCUGGUCCUUUGCCCAGGGUGCUGGUCCCCGCUGGUCGGGAAGAAGAGGGAACAGACACCACAGCCAUCUCUGUUGUGCAGUCAUUCUUGUGGUAACAGUCUUUCGGAGACUCCAACUUGAACAUGGGAUCAUCUGUGUCCAAGGCUGCCCUUGGGGCGACCACCGAUGAGCCCAUGGAACCAGAGCCAAAGCAUCUGGCCAGUCUACUACAGUACAUAAACCAAACAAAUAUGAGUGUUGAACAUCUGGCUAAUGUCCUUUCUGAAAAAGCUAGGAGCAGCAGCUGGGUGGUGGUCUUCAAAGCCCUGGUCACCAUACAUCACCUCAUGGUUAAUGGAAAUGAGCGUUUUAUUCAACAUCUUGCCUCUCGAAGUUCUUUGUUUACUUUACACAACUUCCUGGAUAAAAGUGUCAUAGAAGGUUAUACUAUGUCAACAUUCAUCAGACGAUAUAGCAGGUACCUGAAUGAAAAGUCGCUCGCAUACAGAAUGAUCUCAUCUGACAUCACAAAAAUCAAGAGAGGGACACAUGGUGUGAUGAGAACUAUGAAUACCAAUGAGCUUCUAAACACACUUCCAGUCAUUCAAACCCAAUUUGAUGCUCUUCUUAAUUUUAAUGCAAAUCCUGACCAACUAACUAAUGGGAUCAUACAGUCUGCUUUUAUACUACUCUUUAAAGAUUCUCUUCGUCUUUUUUCAGCUUAUAAUGAAGGGAUCCUUAAUCUUUUAGACAAUUAUUUUAACAUGAGGAAGAACCAAUGCAAGGAAAGUUUGGAUAUUUACAUCAAAUUUCUUGGAAGAACAGCCAAACUGACAGAAUUCCUAAAGGUUGCAGAGGAAUUUGGAGUUGAGCGGAAAGACAUUCCAUAUCUUUCUCAGGUACCACACAGUUUAAUUGAAGCACUAAAACAGCAUUUAGCUUCUUUGGAAUUGAAAAAUGACAUACUGUCUCCUUAUAGGUUAUUUUGUCCACAUAAUUUGUUACAACUACCAUUAUUUUCACAAGCUUGCAAAUCUGUUGGAGACAAACAGCAAGGUGAAAAAGUCACAGCAAACAACUUGGAUGGCUCACUUGUAGGAAAUCAUACCUUUGGAGAAAGCCCCAUUAAUGAAAUUGACACGAAGGAGCCUCAGCCUUCAGAGGUGAAUAUGAGUGGUGAAAUAAAAUGGGAGUUAAAUACUUAUACCUGUAUAUCAACCAUCUGGAAUUCUAAGCCCAUUCCACUUGUUCCCGGCAUGGUUCCAACUCCCAUGGAAUCUCCUCCCAUAAUGUCAUCUAGAUCCAUUAUUUAUACUAAAUAUGAUUUAAAGACCAGCAAUCUUCCCAUUCGACGCCCAGGUUACCAGAUGCAGUUCAAGUAGAGGCAACAAAGCAGAAGAACUCAGAUUCAAGUGGAAAAAUUAUGAUCUUUCAACAGGCUGAACUGAACUGAAUCAUCCUCAUCUUCCAAAUUCAAUAAACACAACCCUGGCAUUCGAUAA